CGCCUCCCGGUCUUUGGCGCUUCGCUGCUCCUCGCAGCCACAGAAAACGCUGGGCAGACCAUUGAUGUCGAACCAGUUUCAUACACUGUUUCACUCGGACGGGAUGGGCUCUGCUUAGGAGAAGUCAAUGCUGCGAGGCUUGCAGCGGGCCUCGCUGAAUUCACACAGCCAGGCCCAGACAAUACAGCAGCACGGCUUCCUGCUGCAGACCCAGUAGACCCGUGGAAGCCUCUUUGUGAGGGCUUGAUACGAAUGCCUGAGGACAAUACAAGUGCUAAAAGCACUGAAUACCAGACAUCACUUGGCGGCACAACAUAUGCGCGCAUGCCUGUUGUCUCGACUGACCCUGACUGCACUGCCACAGUGAAUCAUUGGAAGGCAGCCUUCAAGAACUUCAGUGGGCUACCCCCAUCAAGAGAGAAAAACGCGGACUUAUACGGCGAUCCAGACAAUGUUUCCUUCGUUGCGCUGUACAACCCUUCGCCAAACGCCUAUGCAGACUGUCGAGUCGUUACCUGCAACGAACUGGAGAACAAACCAUAUAUAGAUUUGAGUAGCCACACUAUGAAAAGCAACUUCUUGCCUACAGGGAACAGUGCUCAUGCCUUGAUUUGCUUAAUCACGCCCGACGUGCUCCAAGCUGGUGAAGGGGACCCUUUCACACAGAAGCAAUGGGACCAAAUCAAGGCGUCGCUUGGAAACAGCUCACGAGCCACGUUGCCAAGCGAUGUAAUUUUCUUGGCAGCACUUUUCUUUGCUGUACUUUGGAGUCUGUAG